GCUUGUCCUCCACAGCACAGCUGCCUCUCUCCCACCUCUUCAAUGCACACAGCACAGAAUUGCCCCUGGGGCCACUGCUGACGGAGACACCAAGACAGAGCUGUGAGGAAGGGGGUGGGCCAACAGACCCUCGCUGAAGCAAGUCGGACUCGCUCAUUUGCACUGUCACACACUCAGGGAGUGCUGCAUGCGGUCUACAGGUGCUCUACAAUCACUGGACCAUAUGUGGGACUGAGAACAAAGAGGGCUAAUUGAAAGGAUACUUCAAGACAAGUCGGGGAACAACAACUAUUUUGGAAUGCUUUAAUUAGUAUGUUGGAAAAAGACAUCUGUUUUUUCUCAAUGGGAAUAUACUAAGAGUGGAUUCUAACAGGACUACUCCCUUUGGCUGAUUGUGGAUGGUAUUGCUCAAGUGAAACCAGAGGAAAGAACUCCGUGAAUUGAAACUUUGAAGUGAGUAGCUUCUAAACUUGGGGCAACAAUCUUGUGGGGUGGCUGGGGAAAGGGAAGGGGGAGGGGAAGAGGUAGUUGGGGUCUGGCUCCAGUCUCUGGGGUGAAAUGCCUUCAACAUGAGGCUUUGUUGGAGAAUGCCACAGAGAAGUGUUUGAUCGCUUCAGUUUUCAACUGCCAGCAGAAAAAGAAAGAAAAAAAAACACAUUAAAGAGAUCUAUGUGCCCUUAAAGGCAAGAACAUCUUGCGGUUGGAAGCAAUCUGUCUGCUGCGCAUGCUUUGUUUUGCCCUGUUGAAUUGGGGAUUGAGGGAAAUCCUCUUAUUGUGUAGUCUCGCCUAACUGCCACCCCAUAGUGUGCCUUUGUUUCUCAUUGAGAUGUACAACACGACUGUUCAGAUGGAGAGUUUUGCCCCGGGAUGGGACAAUUAUUCUCUGCAGCUAAACAACAACAGUUGCCCAAAGAAUGACAGCUUCAAAUAUCCACUCUAUGGUAUAGUGUUUAGCAUUGUCUUCAUGGUGGGACUCAUCACCAAUGUUGCAGCCAUGUACAUUUUCACUUGUUCUCUGAAACUGCGCAAUGAGACCACAACGUAUAUGAUGAACCUUGUGGUGUCGGACUUGUUAUUUGUGCUCACGCUCCCUUUGAGGGUUUUUUACUUCAUCCAGCAGAACUGGCCAUUUGGCAGUCUGCUCUGCAAGCUCUCUGUUUCACUCUUUUACACCAACAUGUACGGGAGCAUCCUCUUCCUAACGUGCAUCAGCGUGGACCGCUUUCUCGCCAUCGUUCACCCCUUCCGUUCGAGGGGACUCCGGACCAAACGCAAUGCCAAAAUCGUGUGCGUCGCCGUUUGGAUUCUGGUGCUUUCUGGAAGUCUUCCGACAGGCUUCAUGCUGGAUAGUACAAACAAGCAAAAUAACUCAAUAUCCUGCUUUGAGAACUUCUCCUCAAAGCAGUGGAAGAGCCAUCUCUCGAAAGUGGUGAUCUUCAUCGAGACAGUGGGGUUCCUUAUCCCCUUGAUACUGAAUGUGGUUUGCUCCGCUAUGGUUCUCCAAACCUUGAGGAGGCCGCAUGCUGUCAGUCGAGGAGGGAAGCUGAACAAGAAAAAGAUCUUGAGGAUGAUCAUCGUCCACCUCUGCAUCUUCUGCUUUUGUUUCAUCCCCUACAACGUCAACCUGGUUUUCUACUCACUGGUGCGGACGAACACCUUAAAGGGCUGCGCGGUGGAAUCGGUGGUUCGGACGAUCUAUCCCAUUGCUCUGUGCAUUGCUGUGUCCAACUGCUGUUUCGACCCCAUCGUCUACUAUUUCACCUCAGAGACAAUACAAAACUCCAUUAAGAGGAAGUCUCAGGCGAACCGUUCCUUGGAUGUCAAGUUCUCCGAGGCCUUGCAGUCGGAGACGAGCUCCUCCCUUCAUUUCAGCCUGAGGUCCAUAAAGAACAAGAUGUUUCACAAUGAAUCCAACGUAUGAGGACAUAUAUAUUGGACAAAUGGAUAUUUUCUCAACAUCCUAUCUUGCAACAAAUCUCAAAGUCAUUACAUAAAGUGGAUUUAAGGAAACAGAAUGCAGAAAAAGCACUCUGCGGCGGAUGAAAUGUGGCAUGAAACAUGUGAAUUAUGCCCUAAUUGGGUUUGUUAAUAUCUCUCUGGGCAACGAGUAAACUAUGCCCUUUUAGAGGGAUUUACCUCCCUCUUAAAGUCAUCCCUCAGCCCGGAACUGGGGGCCACACCUGUUCUCAGUGGAAAUCUAUCCAAACAUUUGGAUUACUUAACUGUGGAGUAAGAAUAAUACAAAUAUAGAUCAACUGGAACUUGAUAAAAGUAGUCCAGAACUUCUAACUAUAUGUGAAUGUACUUACAUUUCCAGAAUGGUAAGUGAAUGUGGAAAUAACAUACUAGGAUAUAUAACCACUAUUUAAUUAAACUCACAAACAAAAUGGAAUGAUACUAUUUUAUGCAAUGCCAC